UCCGCGAAGGAGGGAAGCAGGCAGGCAGGCAGGGAGGGAGGAAGAGUCCCCGGCAAAGGAUGUGGCUGAGCUCCCUGGCUGUACGCAGAAGCCCGUGAAGAAGGAAGGAAAGCAAAACCAGGAGAAGGAGGGAGCAGCCAGCCAAAAUGUCCCUCAAAAAAGAAGGUGUACACAAGAAAUGGGCGGCUUUGAAGGAGAAGUUGGGGCCUCAGGACUCCGAUCAAACAGAGGCCAACCUGGAAAAUGCCGAGCCGGAGCUCUGCAUCCGCCUCUUGCAGAUCCCUUCCGUGGUCAACUACUCGGGGCUCAAGAAGAGGCUGGAGAGCAGCGACAACAGCUGGAUGGUCCAGUUCCUGGAGCUCUGUGGACUGGAUCUUCUCCUAGAAGCCCUGGACAGGUUGUCUGGGAGGGGAGUCUCCAGGAUCUCCGAUGCCCUCCUGCAGCUGACUUGCAUCAACUGCGUGCGAGCCGUGAUGAAUUCUCAGAAGGGCAUUGAAUACAUUGUGAGCAAUGAGGGCUACGUCAGGAAACUCUCCCAAGCGCUCGACACCUCGAACAUCAUGGUCAAGAAGCAAGUGUUUGAACUCCUGGCCGCGCUGUGCAUUUAUUCGGGGGACGGUCAUGCUCUGGCUUUGGAUGCUCUGGAUCAUUACAAGAGUGUGAAAAACCAACAGUACCGGUUCAGUGUCAUCAUGAAUGAGCUCUCGGCCACAGACAACGUGCCUUACAUGAUUACGCUGCUGAGUGCCAUCAACGCGGUCAUCCUGGGGAUGGAAGAGCUAAGGGCCAGGACCCAGCUCCGGAAUGAGUUCAUCGGUCUCCAGUUGUUGGAUCUUUUAACCAAGUUGCGGUGA